CAAUUAACCGUAUCUGUGAUCUUUUGCAGAUAAUCUGUGAUUAAGUUAAUUUAAACUAAGCUGAUACAGAAUGGGUAGCGCUGCUAUUGAAGUUACUUCUCUUAUAUUGUUUACUAUUGGGACGAUCCUAGGGGUUGUUAGCGUUGCAAUUCCUUAUUGGAAGAAGAAUGAUCCGGAAGAUACGAUCCGGGACAGUAUCGUCAGGCACGAAGGGUUAUGGAUCAAGUGCCAAACCUUUAACACUGGAAACUGGGAUUGCGAUGAUUUCAACAGAUUCUUCCUCGGCCUCCCAACCGAACUCCAAGCAGCCCGUGGAUUCGGUAUCACAUCAAUCGUGUUCGGUAUUCUAGCCAUCAUCGCUAUGGUAUUGGGAAUGGACUCUCUUCCAUGCGGUGGCGACGUUAAGGGCUUAAAGAAACGUGUUCGAUUAAUCGGGGGGUCGAUUGGGUUUCUAUCCGGUCUUCUCUUGAUUGCAGCCGUUUCCUGGUAUGCUAAUGACAUCAGGAUUGCCCACGAAUUCGCCAGCCAACAGCUGCUACUCAACUCAAGCACAACAAUUACAAGAUACAUUUUCGGAGAAGCUCUUUUCAUCGGUUGGAUCGCAGGUGCUUUAUUGGUGCUGGGUGGGAUCCUUGCUAUGUGUACAGGAUGUGGCGGAGAAUCGUACGACGAUGCUCCAAGAAACUACGUGUACAGGCCACCAAAAUCUGCCGGAAACAGUCAAGAAUAUGUCUAGUCGUUUUUAGCACAGCACAACAGAGAACUAAAAACCAAAAACCAACAAAGCGCUCGGCGGGGCGCAUGACGCACAUACCGGCUCUUUAUGGUACAUUUAAAAACUUUUUAUCGUUAAGCUGCUACUUCCCAAUAAUUGCCCGUCUCUUGCUCUUUUAUGCACAAAUUCUUAGCCCAAGGGGAUGUCUCGAAAAUUUCAGGGACCGUCUCCUUUUUUUAGCUUGGUUUUAUAAAAUUUCUAUGCGCCAUAAGUUUUGAAACAAAAGGCGAUUGACAUUUCUUGUGCCGGAGGAAACGUACUUUGUAAAAUUCUGUAAAUAAACGCAAUGACAUGAAUAGAAA